AUGAGCGAAGUUCGAAGUUUCCACGGCCUCGUGAGGCAUUUCAGUACUAUUGAGGCCCCUCUGACUGCCAUUAUCAAGAAGGAUGUGAAGUUCGUGCGGGGUAAGCUCAGGGAAAGGCGUUCCAGCUCCUUAUACACAAGCUCACACACAUUUGAGAUUGAGUGCGAUGCUUCUGGUGUAGGAAUUGGAGCCGUGCUCUAUGCUUUGAUUUAUACAUUGGAGACAUGGCAACAUUACCUGCGGCCUAAGGAGUUUGUCAUCCACACUGACCGCGAGGCACUAAAGCGUCUCAAGUCUCAACACAAGUUGAGUAAGAGAAACGUACGGUGGGUCAAUUUUGUGGAGUCCUUUCCCUAUUCGAUCAAGUACAAAGCUGGCAAGACCAACGUCGUUGCCGAUGCACUGUCAAGGAGGUAUGCUCUAAUUGCUUUGCUUGAUGCUAAACUCCUUGGCAUUGAUCUUAUUAAAGAACUCUAUGAUACGGACUCUGAUUUUUCUGAAAUCUACAAGUCAUGUGCUAAGUCGGGUCAGGCAAAAUUCUUCAUACAUAAUGGAUUUUUGUAUUGUAAUGAUAAAUUGUGCAUUCCGUCAUGUUCUGUUCGAGAAUUACUAACCCGUGAAGCUCACGGAGGUGGUUUGAUGAGACACUUUGGUGUCACCAAGACAUUGAGUGCUUUGUAG